GGGGCCGGGGCCGGCCGGGGAGGCGGCACAGGGCGGCGGGGCGGGGGCCCCGAAGUGGGUUUCGGGCCGCCACCGGCGCUGGCACAGGGCGCAGAGGGCGGCGCGUGGUGGACUCCGCGCCCGGGCAUCGCACCCGGCCGCUUUCGGCUCCGUCGCUCUGCCCCGGCCCGGAAAACCCGGCGCCUUCCAGGCCCAUCGAAAGAUGGAUUCUGUUGACGUAUCUGGCGGCCCUGGCGAGCCGGGUGGAAAGUUGGGUUUUGCCAGAUCGCACUGGGCUCGUCUUUGUGACGCUCGGCCAGCCCCGCAUCCUCCCGGAGCUGGGCCGAGUGGCAUCCGAGCGGAGUGAUGGACGAUCUGCAGUCCCAGAACCUCGCCAUGGACAUGAGCGACUCCUCCCCCGCCUUGACCAAUAACAGACUGGAGAAUGGCAUGGCCCAGCUGAUCACCACCGAGGCCUGGAACAUCAACUCCACCGACCUGGUAAAGAAGGCGCUGGUGACCGUGCCUGCCCCAUCCAUCCUGAACCCCCCGGCCGAGUCCCAGAGCGGCAUGGCUCUCAAGGUGGCGGCCACCGUGCUGCAGCCCCUGUGCCUGGGGGAGAGCCCCGUGGUGAUGCCCAUUCACAUGCAGGUGGAGGGCAGCUCGGCACCCGAGCUCAACCAGAGCGGCAACGCCACAUACGUGAUGACAGCGCAGGGGCCCGUGCAGCUUCCAGUUGUGCUGGAGCAGCACGUGUUCCAGCACCUCAACUCCCCGCUGGUCCUGCCUUCGGAAGCCCCGGGCUCCUCCAGUGCCAUCCACAACAACCUCUUCCAGGGGGCCCGGGACCCCGAGGCGCAACCCCAGCUCCUGGAUCUGCGGAUCCCCAGCCAGCCGCAGGAGCCCCCGCUGCCCUUCGAAGCCGUGCUCCACAAUCUGUUUCCCGCCCAGGGAGCGCUCGGCCCCCCGCCCUGCCAGCCUCCCCCAGGCUACGCCCCGGUGCCCCCCCAGCCAUUCAACUCCCCCUUGUCACCCCUGGUCCCGCCAGCCACGCUCCUGGUGCCCUACCCAGUGAUUGUGCCCCUGCCCGUGCCACUCCCCAUCCCCAUCCCCAUCCCUGUGCCUCAGAGCUCCGAAGCCAAGUUCAGCCCGACUUGCCCCAAGCCACCAUCUGCCUUCGGCCUCCACCCCUUUAAAGGCCCCCAGAGCCCUCUCCAGAAGGAGGAAGUAAAGCCCUUCGACCUGUUCCAGCCCCGGGAGUACUUCCAGCUCGGCCGCCACACCGUCAUCAAGAUGGGGAGUGAGAACGAGGCCCUGGAUCUCUCCAUGAAGUCAGUGCCCUGGCUCAAGGCUGGCGAAAUCAGCCCUGCAAUGGGCCAGGAAGACACAGCCCUAGACCUGUCACUGUCCGCCCACCGGAAACCUGAACCUCCCCCUGAGACACUGUACGACAGCAGCGGGUCCGUGGACAGCCCAGGUCACCCGGUGCUGGAGAAACUGCCCAGUGGCAUGGAAGUGCCCUUUGCCCCCGCCACAACUCAGGAGGCUGCAUCUGUCAUGGAGAGUCACGGGGGCGGCAGCGACGCCACUGAGCCACCCAGCCAGCCCAGUGGCGAGGUCAAGGCUGAAAAUCACAUGGAGAUGGUGAGCGAGUCCCAGGCGGCCAAGGUGAUCGUCUCCGUCGAAGACACUGUGCCUACCAUCUUCUGUGGCAAGAUCAAAGGCCUCUCGGGGGUGUCCACCAAAAACUUCUCCUUCAGACGAGAAGACUCCGUGUUUCAGGGCCCCGACGCCAAUAGCCCAGGAGAAGAGGCCCUGGGAAACAUGGAGGCCCUCAGGAAACCCACCAAAAACCGGAGCAUAAAGUUAAAGAAAGUGAACUCCCAGGAAAUACACAUGCUCCCAAUCAAAAAACAACGGCUGGCCACCUUUUUUCCAAGAAACGCCGAAGCCGAGAACCCACGCUUAAAGCAUUUCUCAAUGGACAGAAGCGACACACCUGGAAGAAGAGACCAGCGCGAAGUCAUCCACCCCAACAAGGAACUCGUGCAGGACAGCAGGGCAUGCGUGGACCACGGGCGCUGGCCGGCUGGCUUCAUCCACAAGCUGACGGACAGCAUGAAACGGCCCCCAGCCUCCAGGCAAGUGUCUCCUCACCGCCCGGCUGGGCCCAGCCCCAGGGGCACCUCUGGGCAGGUCUUCCCCAGCUCCUUUCCUCCCAGGCUUCUCUGAGAACGACUGCAGGGGGUUGACACUGCAGGGAAGCCUUCUCCCAUCUUCCCUCAGGCCCUUAGGCCGCAAGCCUCCUGAGACAGGCUUGCAACAGAGACGUGAUUGCUGGGUCCUCAGCUUCUGGCCUCCAUGACUGUUUAGUGAACUGGAACACAGCAUGCCUUCUUUCCAUUCCCACUGAUCACUUGGUGGCCACACUGGUCCCUGCUCUGGGCUUGGCCAGGGUCGGGCCCUUCUGCUUUGGGCCUGUUCUGGGUCUUAGUUCUGGACACUAUAGGUUUUACACACUCCACUUGCAGCCUACCUGUCCUAUUCAUUUACUCUUUAGACCCUUCGCUUGUCACCAUGAAGGUUAAAAUCCAGCAGAGCCCACUUGAGACAGCGCAAAUUUCCAAAUUAAUGACAUUUUAGUGAAUGUUUUACUGAAGCUCCUUCCUCCCUCUCUCUCUUCGUCCCUCCCUCUCUUUAUUUCCCUUUUUAAAAAAAACUCCCAGAAGUCCUGCUCCUGUUGAAUUUUACAAGUGACAGCACUUAUCCAAGGAGCUCUGGUUGCCUCUCGGGCUUCAUCUUCCUGACCCUUCAGAGGUGUGGGACGCUCUUACCCUGUUCUUUCUCCUUAGCUUUCUGGGCACAUCUCUCUCUGCAACCUCUUGCCUCUCUGACUUGCUCCCUCCUCAGACGAUGCUCCUGACGCCCCUUUUCUUUCUCCUUCUCCCUCCGUCACAGACUCUGUCCCAGGCCCACAGCUCUCACUCCCAUGCUAUGGGGACCACAUCCACUCUCCUAGGUGUGUCCAAUAGCUUUGUUGUGUUUAUUCCUCCCUGUCUCUAGGCCAGCCCUGACUUUUCCCUCCCUCUAUCCCUUUCUCAUCAUCUCCCCACUCCCUGUCUUUCUCUCUUCAAACACCCAAGGUCCAGCCCACCAUCUUCACAGGUACCUCAGAUUCAUCACAGCUAAAACUAAACUCAGCUUCUCCCUGCAUCGCCCCUGGCCCAGAUCCCACCACACCACCUAUGCUCUGCUGCCACCCCCAUCCCUUGUUGCCCUCCACGACUCCUCCCUCGCCUUUGCCUCCUUGAUGUUUUUCUAAUCCAUCAUUCCUUUCCUCUACACUUCCUGUGCUUCACUCAACCCACAUCAUCCUUUGCCUAAACUUUUGAAAUGUCCUCAAAACUGGGUGGGCCUGUGCCUCUAUCUUUAGCCCCCUAAUCUCUCUUCUAGACUUUCACCAGAAUAGUUUUAGUAAAAAACAUUCUGCUGCCUAAAAGCGUUUGCUCUUAGAUGUCCCCUCAUACCCCACAGAGGCCUCCCACACCAGCACAAGCCUCUGUAGUUCUACUCUUGAGUACCCUGAUGUUCCUUUCCCAUCUUCUUACUCUGUCUAAUCCUUUAAGAUUUAACUCCAAACACCACCUCCUCCAGAUGACUUUCCAUGACCGCUCCUGCAUAAGUUAAGAGCCGUCUGCCAGCCCACAGUGAUGUGCAUGCUUCUAUCAUCUUGUCCGCCUAAUUCCAGAGAAAGCGGGUCUCUGUCCACCCCUCUACACCACAAGCUCCUCCAGGCCCAAGGUCAAGGCCCCUGCAUCUCACACACCUGACACAGUGCUUGGCAUUUAGGGGACCCACAACAAAGACACACAAACAAGCACACACACAACAAAUGUGUGUGGACUGAACUGAACCCACAGGGAAAGUACAGUGUGCCCUUCUUAACCAGAUCAGUACAGCAUGUGGAAAUCCAGACAGAAUAUCUGGAAUCUAUCAUUCAUUUUGCCAAAAAAAAGAUGUACUGAUUGAUUCUCUCAAAUCAUAUGGUUCACUAUGCUUCAAAACAAGGUGGAAUCUUCUAGAAAUAUACUUAGACCAUAAAGCAAGCCAUAGUCAAAAAUCUCUUCAGAGGUGUACAAAGAAAAUGUUUUGGCAUUCACCUCCUCAGAGUUUGAGGAUUUACUUAUAAGUUACAGGCAUAAUGCAUAGAUUAUAAAACAGUUGCAAAAAUCAAAAUUUUGAGAGAAUGAAACAAAUAUAAGGAGGUUUAAUAUAUUCUUUCCAUGCCCCAAUUCAUCAUCUUAUGUACCCUCCUCGGUUAUAAUAAAAUGAGAAAAUUCUAAAUCUUUCUACUGAAUGAACGAACCUUUCAAUCCAGGCAUCACUUUGACUUAAAAUGUGGAAAACCCCCAAGCACAAGAUGUUUCUGUAGCAGCACUAGGAAC